CGGAGAUGCCCCUGCAGGUCCGAGAGUACAGCUGGCAGCAGACGGAUAGGGCCGUGUAUCUUUCCCUGCCGCUCCCAGGAGUCCGGCCGGGCACGGCAGAUAUCUUCUGCACCGAAAACUACCUGAAGGUCAACUUCUCCCCGUUCAUCUUCGAAGUGUUUCUCUCCGCGCCCAUAGAUGACAUCAAUAGCAAAGCCAAGGUUGGGGAUGGCGCCAUCCUCUUUACGUUGUACAAAAAAACCGCCGCCACGUGGGAGACCCUUUCUAUGGCCAAUGUUGACAAAGAGACGAUGCAGAGGAUAAGGGAAGAGUCUAUACUGAGAGCACAAGAGAAAGCAAAAGAAAUGUCAGAAGCAAAAGCUUCAGCAAAGCGAGAAGAUCAAAGAUACGCUCUCCAAGUCAUGAUGAAGAUUGAAGAUGAGGAAAGGAAAAAAAUUGAAGAUCUGAAGGAAAACGAGAGGAAGAAAGCAAAUGAAGAGCUGGAAGCUUGGAAGGAGCAACAGAGAAAUGCAGAAAAACAGAAAGAGCUUCAACGGAAAGAGAAACUCCGUCAACAGAAACAGCAACGAGAAGAAGAAAGAAAGCAACAGAGAGAGAAAAUCAAGACUUGCCCUUCAGAAAGUACAAAGACUAAAAAUCUUUCCCGAAAAGCUGGCAGCUCUAGAAAUAUAUUUUCUGAGAAGUCCAAAGAAGACCGUGUUCCUGCUCCACGAUCUGUUGGUAAUAUCAAAAUCCACUUCACGCCUCGAGUUUUCCCUACGGCUCUCAGAGAAUCCCGGGUAGCCGAAGAAGAAGAGUGGCUGCAUAAGCAAGCAGAGGCUCGAAGAGCAACGAAUGCUGACAUUCCUGAAAUGUCUGAUUUGAAAGAAGAAGAAAAGAACCCAGAGUGGUUGAGAGAGAAAGGAAACAAAUUGUUUGCCACGGAGAACUACCUGGCGGCCAUUAAUGCUUACAACUUGGCCAUCCAACUAAAUAAGGAGAUUCCAACUUCGUAUCUGAAUCGGGCUGCUUGCCACCUCAAACUAAAAAACUUGCAUAAGGCGAUUGAAGACUCUUCGAAGGCCUUGGAACUACUGACGCCACCCGUUGCUGACAACGCCAGGGCAAGAGCUAAAGCUCAUGUGAGAAGAGGGACUGCAUUCUGUCAACUAGAAUUGUAUGUAGAAGGACUCCAGGAUUACGAAGCCGCCCUUAAAAUUGACCCGUCGAACAAAAUUGUAGAACAAGACGCCGAGAACAUUCGACGCAUCAUUCAAGGAAGUGAACUGUAAUCUUCAAAUAGUGUGACCUGCUGGUUUAUGUUGACAGUGGAGAGCUGGAAACAGUGGAGCCCUUUGUCUAAAUCCUGGUUCAUCCCGUCACCACUUGGAGCUGUGCGUUUCCUUCAGUUUCAGUGUGAAACUGUGGAAGACGAGCCAUCUAAAUGGAAAAAAUUUCCCGGGGAAAUAAAUCAGAGUAGAA